UGUCGCGAUAUCCGUGGUCCUCGACCAGUGUUUUAUCGCCAUCUUAAGUUUUGGUUGUAGCUUCAAAUUGGCUUCAAGCCUAGAAAGACGCUGUCCAAAUGACGUUCUGUUUGAGCGGCGGCAGUGUUCCCCAGGACGCGGAGAGAACUUGAGAAAGGAAAAGUGAGCCCCAAGUACGAAUCUCCAAAGCUUUUGAAGGGUGAUUUCAGAGCCUGCUGCCUCUUUAGUCUGAGUUUCCACAACUAGAUACUACUACACCAGUGACCCUGGACAUUAACAAAACAAAUAAAAGUCCGAACCCAAACCCUGCCACCAUCAUAGGUCUGUAAUUACUUUGGAAUCAUUAAGCUAUGGCAUCAAAGAAAUUUGCUGUAAAAUGUGGGGAUUUUGCUGUCCUGGUGGAUCUUCAUGUAUUGCCACAACGUUCAAACAAAGAUAUCAUCUGGUUUUCUGAAAAGAACAAAGAGGAGGUCUGUUUACUGUUAAAAGAAACCAUUGAUUCAAGAGUUAAGGAGUACUUGGAAGUUCGUAAACAGCACAAGCCAUCAAAUACAGAAUUCACAAGAUCCAGUCCCUUGUCCUUAAAAGGUUAUGGCUUUCAAAUCACAGCCUAUUUCCUCAAGAGAGGUAUACGCCUUCGCUGCUUUGGGGGUUCACAGAAUCCUGAACUUCGUGUAUUCCCUGACAGAUUUGUGGUCUGUGUCAGUAAGCUUUCAUGCAGUCAUGAUCUCUCAAAGCAGAAUGAAGAAUUGACGGAAAGAGCUCUCCAUGGAGCCUCUGAUUAUUUUGCUGAGUGUGCAGAGAGCCCACUUCCUCCCAGUGCAAAGCUCAAGAGAAAUGCCCUGAAAGAAACUGUGAAAAGAGCUGAAACAAAAAGCAGCAUCGUGAACAAAUCACAGAGCAGCAGGGACACUGUGGGAACAAAUAGUGACUCAGUGAUUGCAGAGAUGGCAGUGAGAAGAGGAGGCAGUCAGGCUUCAUCCAGUGCCCCACCGGAGUCCACGGGACAAGCAAAGGAUUACAUAAAGGCAGCUGAGAGCCACUGGGGGCUUCCUGUUCAAAAGCUGGAAAAUGUUCAUCAGGCUCAGCCAGAAGACGCUAGCAGCCAGCGAAAACCUCAUCCUGGGGAGUGGUUAGAGACAGGGCUUCUAAGCGGGAGCCCUGUCUGGAGCUGUGAGUCAGCACCACCACGUCCAAAACAAAGUCCACGAGGGGCCAGAGCACAACAGAAACGCAGGAACUGUGGCUCUGUGGAAGACUUCGACCACCACAAGAGAGUUUCUUUUGGAAGUGAUCGAUUAGUCCUGAGAGAAAUAAUAGUGGAAAAAAGCAAAGCUGUCAGAAUUUUACCAACUUCAGAGCUGUCAGAUCCGGGGUUACUUUUGAAACAAGAUUUGGCGAAAACCAUGUCUAAUGAAGAGUUGCAUGUUUUGGAAAAUCUCUCCUCCAGACAUCUUAUGAAAAAUAAGCCAGGGCAGGCAAAGCAAACCGGCUCAGCCACAAACACUGCAAGAUUAGCUACAAUUCAUGGCAGUCCAACCAAGAAAAGGAAGAAAUACGAAAGAGGCCACUAACUUACUAAUAAAGAGGAUUGCAGAGUUGAG